CAAUCGACUCUCUCUCUCUCUCUCACUCUCUUUCUCUCUCUCUCUCUCUCUCGGCCAGUCUCUCUACUUGACCGAGUCAGCUUCCAUUUUGACGCUUCUGCUGUGCCAGACCUCGCUAGAGCCUUAAACCCUCGUUCCGAAAAUAGCGCCAAAAGACCAAAAGGUGUAUGCAUGGCUCUUGAGAGAAUUGAGAUGCCUAACCCAACCCAGACGCUCCAGCUUCACCGCUUCUGUACACGCCGACAUGUCUCCACCGCACAGUCGCUACGGCACGAGCAAAGCACCUCGCGACGACCUGGUUCCAGCCAGCCUCGAGGGAAGUUUCCGACGUCGAGAGGAAUGCUGAACUCUUCUCAUGUUCCACGACCUCCUGGCGACAUGUUGGCAACGGGAAACGAAAAGUGUUGUCCUACUUCCUGUUACGCCUUAGAUGGCCCUUUCCGGUCCGGCGUUGUGACCUAA